UGUUGCUGCCGCCUCUGAUGAGUCGGCCCCGUCCCCGCUCUCCAGCACGCAGCCCAGGCCGAGGCCCUUGGGCAACCCGCCCCGCGCUCCGACCCAGCCUCUCUGGAGUCCGCCGGCCUCGCGGACCUUUUCUCUGUCGCUCGUGUUUCCGGGCGGAUGGCGCUGAGGAACGCUUUAGAGCCGAAGUUGCGAGGACCUGUAAGAGGGCAGGCGUGAGCAACCAUGGCCGGACGGCACUUCCCGGUUACCCGGCUGGAGGGCGUUUCUCGGGAGCAGUUCAUGCAGCACCUCUACCCACAGAGAAAACCUCUUGUGUUGGAAGGGAUUGAUUUGGGGCCAUGUACAAACAAAUGGACAGUGGAUUACCUAAGCCAAGUUGGAGGGAAGAAAGAAGUAAAGAUUCAUGUUGCUGCAGUUGCACAGAUGGACUUCAUUAAACUUUACCUUUUGACCAGUUGGUCCAGAGGGCAGCUGAAGAGAAGCAUAAAGAAUUCUUUGUUUCAGAGUCACUAUCAUGAGCAACAUAUUAAAGACAUUUCUUCAUAUGGCCACCAGAGAGCAUUAGUAGAAAGGGAUGAGAAAUACUACUUACGGUCACUUGGAGAAGACCCUAGAAAGGAUGUUGCAGAUAUCAGAAAGCAGUUUCCUUUGUUGAAAGAAGAUAUUAAGUUUCCAGAAUUCUUCAAAGAGGAACAAUUCUUUUCCAGUGUUUUUCGAAUUAGUUCACCAGGAUUACAACUAUGGACUCAUUAUGAUGUAAUGGAUAAUUUGUUAAUACAAGUGACAGGAAAAAAGCGUGUUGUACUCUUCAGUCCUCGAGAUGCCCAGUAUUUAUAUUUAAAAGGUACUAAAUCAGAAGUAUUGAAUAUAGAUAACCCAGACUUGGCUAAAUAUCCACUUUUUUCCAAGGCUAGAAGAUAUGAAUGUUCCCUUGAAGCUGGUGAUGUAUUAUUCAUUCCUGCUUUAUGGUUCCAUAAUGUAAUUUCUGAAGAGUUUGGAGUGGGAGUGAAUAUCUUUUGGAAGCACCUUCCAUCUGAAUGCUAUGAUAAGACAGAUACCUAUGGAAACAAAGAUCCUACAGCAGCAUCAAGAGCUGCACAAAUUUUGGACAGAGCCUUGAAAACACUGGCCGAAUUACCAGAGGAAUAUAGGGACUUCUAUGCACGACGAAUGGUCCUACACAUUCAAGACAAAGCCUACAGCAAGAACUCUGAGUAAAUAAUGAAGUGAAUGCAAUGUACAUCAACACUUUAGUAAGGUAUAACGAUAUAAAUUAUUUUGUUAAAAUAGGAAAGAUACAUCAGAUUUACAGAUUAUGUAAGUAUGAAGGGGUAUUUGUGUGCAUUCUACUUGAUACAGAUUGUUAUAAUUAAAGAAUGCUAUGCUCGGACCACUAUUUAACAUUCAGAUGCUGACCACUAAAAGUCCAACUUAAAAUGACUUAAAAACAGUAAGAAAAUAUAUUGAAUCACAAUACGUGAAAUCUAUUGACAGAAUGGGCUGCAGUGUUUCUGAUCCAGUGAUUCAGUAAUGUCAUCAAGAACCUUGGGAGCCCGUCUCCACACCCCACCCCCUUUUCAACCACAACAUUGGCAUCAUCCUAAGGCUGGCUACCCUCGUGGUCAUGGGAUGAUUGCCAGUAGCAGUUGGAGCCUUGUGCAUCUUCAUUUACAUGCAGCGGAAGAGUCAGGCUGGAUUCCAGGGGCCCCGUCCUAAUAUGAGAAAGCUUUCCCAGAAUUCAUUUUCCAUAUCCUUAGAUCUCAUUGCUCUAAAGUAACUUAGACCUGUCCAUCCCUAAGCCAGUCACUGGCAAAGAGUCUGGAAUAACCUUUACAGCAGUCAGGUCCACUGGAGCUGAGAGUAGAAGUGGAGACCACAUGAGGGAUAUAUGGGGGCAGAAAGGAUAGUUUUUUUAAAAAUCUUGGUUCUGAUAGGAAAAACAUGAGCAACCAACAAUAUUUAUUACAUUUGCCUAGAAGCAGAAUUUUUUGAGGAACUUUAAAAAAUGUACAGAUACCUAGGUCCCAACUUUGUAGACGGAUUCGUGUUUGGGAUUUGGUAUAGGAACUUAGUAGACCUCAUAGGGUGUUUUGAUGCAUAAUCAGAGCUGAGAUCAACUGAACUUGAUGAUAGUGACUUGGAUUAUUAGUUUUGUGAUUAGUCCAAAACAAAUGUUUAAUCUGAUCUUGACUUUUCUUGCCACCCAGUAUGUCAGGUCUGUCUUUUUUUUGGUUUUCGAGUGUUAGAAAAUAAAUGUUUUAAUUUAUACUUAUGUCUAAACCUUAGCCUAAUUAAAGAUUUCCCAACUUUU